GACGGCCCGCCACUAGAGGUAAGGGACAUUCCACCAAUCACAGCAUGAUGCUGAGAUAUCAGAGGGUGGGCACAGAAAAGUUGAUUUUCACUGUUGAUAAAAACAACAAAUUCAGAUGAAAAUACAGCUGAAUAAAAAGACGUCAGAGAUUUCCAAAUGCAGUCAAAAAAAAGCGAAGUCUUCAUGUUUUUGGUCUCUUUUCAUAUUGUGUAAAACUAUUUCAUUGCUCAUAAUCAUUAUAGUCAUUACAACAGUGUGAAUAUUAUGAUUAUUACUUUAGCUCUCAGCUGACUCAACAUUUAUAUUAACGUCCUUUUGAAGUCCAACGUUUUUGUUAAAGCAGCUCGUCUUUCUCAUGACUAUCAAACUCAGCAAUUAAACACAUUCUGAGACACAACCGACCAAUCAAAGGAUACACAUCUGUCCAGCUGACUCAGCAGCUGCAGGUCUGAAAGGGUAAGAAGAAGAAGAAAAAGAAUUUAAGGGGUGUCAACCAAUAGCAACAUGGCAGGUGGUGCAUCUGUCCAGUCAGCUGCAGGAGGAGUUGAUGAUAAGUUCAGGUUCAGUUCACAGUUUCGUAAUGUUCAGAUAAAAAUGUUGAGGAAUGAGAAGAAUGAAAGGUUUUGUAUUUGACUGACGACCUAUAAAUGACCCUCACCUGAACACAGGAAUACACACCUGACACAUACACACACACAUACACAGCUAUUCGUGUGUGUUCAGAGCAGGUCAGGUGACCCCAGAGCAGCAAAUGAUUGUCCUGUCUGCGUUUCAGCAGCAGAAAGAAGUGAAGCUGAAAAGUUCCCCGGCUGAUCUAGUGACAGAAACUGAUCAACGAGUUGAGAAGAUCCUCAUCUCUGCCAUCAGGAACCAAUACCCACAUCACAGGUUCAUUGGCGAGGAGUCUGUAGCUUCAGGUGAGCAUCUGGAGCUGACUGACAGUCCCACCUGGAUCAUCGACCCCAUUGAUGGGACUGUGAACUUUGUACAUAGGUUUCCAUUUGUGGCCAUUUCCAUUGCCUUCACUGUCGACAAGCAGACGGAGUUUGGGAUCGUGUACAGCUGUGUUGAGGACAAACUGUUCUACGCUCAGAGAGGGAGAGGAGCGUUCCUGAACGGAGAACCGCUGCAUACCUCCAGACAGGAAGACAUCAGCCAGUGUGUGGUGGUGACGGAGAUCGGAGCAGAACGUGACGACCUUGCUCUGUCCACCAUGACCUCCAACAUCUUUAGACUUCUGAAGCUCCCGAUACAUGGGAUCCGUGCGUUGGGGACGGCGGCGGUCGAUAUGUGUCAGGUGGCAACGGGUGGAGCCGACGCUUACUAUCACAUCGGGAUGCACUGUUGGGACAUCGCUGCCUCUGCUAUCAUCGUCCAGGAAGCUGGAGGGGUUGUUAUGGACACAGACGGGUCAGAGUUUGACAUGAUGUCCAGGAGAGUCAUUGCCGCAAGCUCCUCUGCUGUGGCCAAUCAUAUUGCUCAGGUCAUCCAGGUGUUUCCCUGUCGCCGUGACGACGAGGACCCUUACAAGUGUGUCUGUGGAGCAACAGGUGUUAAUGGACUGUAGGUCAGUUGACAGGAAGUCUGACAGAGGUGUUUGAUGUCAUAUUUCUGAUGAAGUGUGAUUUAAAAAGACUAAUAAAGCCAUUUUUUCCUCUUGA